CUAACAUUUUUAUUAAUUAUCUAUCAUUUUGUCAUGGAAUACCCAAAUCAUUUGCAAACAGAAAAAGCUUUUGGUACAUAUGCAUUCGAGAAUAUACCGGAUAAAAUGAUUACAGGGCUUAAAAAGAUUCAUGAUCAGAUUACGCCAUCUCAUCCAUUAGAAACUGCAAAUUAUAUAAGAAAACAAGAUGAAGAAAAUCCCUUUACUAAUCUAUCUAUGGGAUUAAAAUUAAAAUUAAGAAUGGAAAAAAAAGCUGUUGAGAAGAUUUCUCCACUGUCAUGUCUGGCUCCAUGUAAUCCUUCACUUAGUACACUAAUGGAAAAUUAUAAUACCAUUGAUUUCACUGAUAUGUUGAAUAAUUUUUCCGAAUCAAAACCUGAGCCCAGAUUAAUGAUCGAAAAAUUUAAUAAAUAAUUUUUACUAAUUAUGAAUUUUUAUAUUACUACAACCAUCAUUUUAACAUUUAAUAUCAUUAUUUUGUCCUAAUUUAUUUUUUAUAAUUAAUUAAUAUAGUAAUUACAUUCUUCAAACUCCAGUAUAUUUUAUCACUGUUUUGCAAAAGAUAUGAUAAUUCAAAAAAUUUAAUUUAUAAUAC